UUCCAGGGUUACCCAAUCAUCCAUUUUAAUUAAGAAAGCUGCAAGAACUAAAGUGGCCACUAGGCGUCGCUGUCACACCGGGCAGCAGGUCUGUGAACGGAAGUAUCCUGCUGCGGUGCGAUGAGCGCGGGAACGGAUUAAAACAAUGUUUGGCCUUUCUGUCGAUUUCUAAAGGCAUUGUUGGUGUUUCUUCUUGCCUGUCUGUCCUCCCUGUGCUGAGCCCUGAUUUUGAUCAUCUACACAGUAAACCCUCCUUUUCUUACCUGUCUGAGCACCAACAGUGGAUUAGUCCCUCCCAUCAUUAUCCUGCAUCAGUUUACAGAGAUGGCGCGGUAAAUGCCAGGAGACGAAUUGUGGCCUCAGAGGAGCGUGCUCUCUCUUCACCUCGAAGGAGCCCAGUCUGAAUGACACCCGACGGCAACGACAACGAUGACAAUGGCAAGUCGCCGUUGGAUCUGUCCAUUCCUGAGCACAAAACCACCCACUGAGGUCUAAAAGACUCUGGUCGAAUAAAGACAUGAACUCACCUCAUGCCGCGGAGUCUGCUGAGCAUCGCCCCAUCUGAAGUCGACAAGAAGGGCGAACAAGUGGAUCUCAUGAUUCCUUACAUGAUUCCUUCACCAGGAUCAGGACGGAGAAUUCAGUGUGUAAUCAUCAUCAUCGCUGCAUGUGACAUCCGCGGGGACCCGGGUUCCAGUCAAAGAUGUUUCUCUUUCAUCCAACAUUUAGAUGUUUUUAAGGUCGGGAGGAAAAUGCCGAGACGUUUUCUGACACGUUUCUUUCCUUGUUUGACACUGUAGGCAGUGGUGCUCUGCCUAUGGUUGCUUUUAUUUUACUUUUGGAAAUAAAGAUAGGACGCACAAAAUUCCUUCUUUAUUCGUGCGUAAAAGCCGCGCAGCUCGUCAACGAAUGACGCGUUGUGCGUUUCAUCAGUGAAAGCGAGGUAAGUUUUCAGAGGCACUGAUGAGCUCCUGUCGGACGUAGACUUUGGCAUCUGAGGAAACCUGUUGGAUUAUAAAAACAAUAAUCAGUCACUUUGAGGGACGAGGAGUUUGGAGAGUCUGGUGCGUCUUCGGCGGAUUCUUUGCGACCCUGCAAAUUCAACCCUUCCUGUAGGUGAUUACAUGGUAGAAACAAUGUUUUUAUGCAACACGAGUGCCAUAAAGGACUGGAGCUAUUUUCUGUCACAGAUUUUGCCUUUGAUGAAUAAAACAACAGGCUUGGUCAGCAUCGACAAAGCGGAGACUGUGACGACCACUAUGGUGACAGCUCUGCAGCCGGACAGCGCCAUGAGCGCGAGUAACCCGCCUCUCAACUCCAACCAUACCUCGGGCAUGGAGCACGUCUUUCAGUACUCUUACUCGGAGAGUGACCUGCUGUACACGGACUACCGGACACCUGUGCGAGACUCCAUCCCGCUGCCCAAAGCGGUUCUCUACCUGGUCAUGGCAGCGCUGGUGGUGGUGGCAGUGGCGUAUGCGAUAGUUGGACACCUGGUCAAAGAUGUGGUUAACGACUUUGUGGGUGGAGGAAGGUCGAUUGUUGCUGAAGAUGACGGCGGUGAAACCAGUGAACCAGAUUGGGUAUUCGGGUCUCGUCGAGUCACCAGCCGCAACAAGACUGAGAUAAACUGCAUCACCAACAACAUGAACGAGGUGAGUGAGUUGGGCGAGAGGCCCCGGCUGGUGGAAAUGAGCUACAUAUCCCUGAACCACAUUAACUGCCUGAGCACCAACAGACCGGAGGACGUAGUGAUCACCAUAGACGAGACGUUACAGCAGCAUCCUCCAGACACUCACUCUGGGACUUAACUGUGACCUUCUGACCUUUCCUGAGAAAAAAAAAAUAACAAUAAGCAGCAUAUUUUGCUUGCAUUUCUUGUUCAAGUGGAUUUACAAGUCUGUCAUGAAUCGAAGCUCUAUCCACUGUUUCAUCACCUGCAGGUGGGCUGUAAUACCUGUGUAAUGUUGGGCCAAAAGGGACUUUGAAUUGUGAACCUGUGCUGGAACAUUGGAGGCAUCAGAUGCUGAUGUUUGAAUGUGACUGGACUCCUCUCUAAGGAGAUAACUAUAGAGGACGACUGUGGCUUUUUUUUGGACAAGAUGUCAGAAAAAAGUGUUGUUUUUUUUUUUAAUUUUCUUCUUAUUUUUGUCUUCAUUGUACUGCCCCUUUUUUUCAAGUGACCCCUUAAGCUUUAAUGUGGAAAUACCACCCUGUUAACUUAAACCACACACAGUACAUAAUCACUCUAAAUAUACAAUACACGUUGGUCAGUGCUUAUUGUAAUAUUGCCGAUAGCAAACACCUCACCUUCAUCAAAAACAAUCACAUCAAUAUUUUUUAUUUUCCUUGACGCUGUGAGACCCUUAAAGUUUUUUGUAAUUAUCGUACACUUUGUAUCAAGCACCUCAAACAACACAGGUAGUUUAGAUGUCUUCUUUUUUUGUGUAAUAAUGCUGUAGUUACUAGGGGCAAAAAAACUACACUUGAUGAUACAAUUAAAGUAUUUUAUAGUUUCAUGUUAUUAGCUUAAUGUGAACAAGUGCUAAAUCACCUUUAAGAGCUCUGGUUAUACCUGAUUGCAAAAAAAAUCUAAUAUUAAAGUAUUGAAGCCAUUGUUCGUACGUAAAAAAAAAAGAGUAAUUUCAGUUGUUGAAGGUUUAUGAUUUCUUGAUAUCCACCUCUCUGGUUAAAUGUCUAAACGUGGCAUCACCUCUGAAGCUAAAGUGUUGAUCAUCUUUUUGUCAGUUAAUAUUUCAUGUGAAACGGCUUUUGUCAAAGCCUUUGUUUACCUUUAUUACCUCACUGUUAAGGGCUACGUAAUGCUGCUGUUGAGUCUGUAACACCACUCAAAGCUACAGCUAAUGGGGCUUGUUUUUCCAUGCAUGCUGGGAUCAUUGUACUCUGCACACAGCUACUGUAAACUUGGGGCGAUGUGUUGAACUGCAGCAGGGAUUCAGUGACGGCUACAGAGGAAAUAUUAGACUCUUUAAACAGAAUCACAACAGAGAAAAAAAAUUAACUGUUGUACCUGAAAUUGUUCCUGUCUGGACUAUAGUUUAACUUAUUCACAGUCUCAUAUAUUUGAAUGAAAUUUGGUAAAGCAGUGGUAUUUGAAGGCAUUGGUUUUAAGGGCAAUAUAAUGGUGUUAAACUCUGCAGCAGUAAUCAUUUCUCAGAUUUUAAAUGUAAAAAAAAAUAUCUGAAUUUGAACCUUGAAAAAAGCCUCUUUUUUUUUUUCACCGCACUGAUGCCGUCAAUCACUGUUUUCCUUUUAAGUUGUCUAAUAAAUACUCAUGGGCAAAAGUGCUAUAGUUCAUUCGCUGUUUAUUAUUUUCACAUACUUAACUGACUUAGCUCUUAGUUAAAUGUUUUCUUUAUAUCAGUUGUUUCUUCAAGAUAUUAAAGGUUCAG